AUGACUUCAGCCUGGAGACAUUUGCGGAGAGCCUUGUGCCUGGAGACCUCCUCUCCCAGGACCUCCAAGUUGUGUCCCUCGCUGAGCCCAGAUGCUUCCUGGAUAUCUGGAACCAAGCUUGGUCUUCAUUCAAAACCCAAAAUGCCACCAUGCGACUUCCUGCCUGAAAAAUACCAGUCUCUUGCCUACAACCAUAUCCUGGAGAUCCACAAGAAGCAUCUUUCUCCUGUGGCAACAGCAUUUUUCCAGAAGCCCUUGCUCCUGCACCAGGGACACAUGGAAUGGCUAUUUGAUUCUGAAGGCAACAGAUACCUGGAUUUCUUUUCUGGGAUUGUCACUGUCAGUGUUGGUCACUGCCACCCGAAGGUGAAUGCUGCUGCACAAAAGCAGCUCGGCCGCCUGUGGCACACGAGUUCUGUCUUCUUUCACCCUCCAAUGCACACAUACGCAGAGAAGCUUUCUGCACUUCUUCCUGAGCCUCUUAAGGUCAUUUUCUUGGUGAACAGUGGCUCAGAGGCCAAUGACUUGGCCAUGCUGAUGGCGAGGGCACACUCCAACAACACAGACAUCAUUUCUUUCAGAGGAGCCUACCAUGGAUGCAGUCCUUACACCCUUGGUAUGACAAACGUAGUGGCUUACAAGACAGGACUCUCCAGUGGGAUGGGUUGUCGAUCGACAAUGUGCCCAGAUGUUUUCCGUGGUCCUUGGGGAGGAAGCCACUGUCGAGAUUCUCCAGCACAAACAAUUAGGAAAUGCAGCUGUGUACCAGACUUCUGCCAAGCUAAAGAGCAAUAUAUUGAACAGUUCAAAGAUACUCUGAACACUUCUGUGGCCAAGUCAAUUGCUGGAUUUUUUGCAGAGCCAAUUCAGGGUGUGAAUGGCAUUGUCCAGUACCCAAAGGGGUUUCUCAAGGAAGCCUUCAAGCUGGUGCGAGAAAGGGGAGGUGUGUGCAUUGCCGAUGAAGUUCAGACAGGAUUUGGAAGGUUGGGCUCUCACUUCUGGGGCUUCCAAACCCAUGAUGUGAUGCCUGACAUUGUCACCAUGGCAAAAGGGAUUGGGAAUGGCUUUCCCAUGGCAGCAGUUGUGACUACUCCAGAAAUUGCCAGAUCUUUGGCUAAACGCCUGCUUCACUUCAAUACCUUUGGAGGGAACCCCUUGGCCUGUACCAUUGGAUCUGCUGUGCUUGAGGUGAUUGAAGAAGAAAGACUACAAGAAAACUGUCAAGAAGUUGGUACCUACAUGUUACUGAAGCUUGCUAAGCUGCGGGAUGAGUUUGACAUUGUUGGAGAUGUCCGAGGCAAGGGCCUCAUGAUAGGGAUAGAAAUGGUGCAGGACAAGAUGAGCCGCCAGCCCCUUCCUCCUCAAGAAGUAAGUCAAAUCCAUGAGGACUGCAAAAACAUGGGUCUCAUAGUGGGAAGAGGCGGCAUUUUUUCUCAGACCUUCCGCAUCGCACCCCCAAUGUGCAUCACUAAGCCAGAAGUUGACUUUGCAGUGGAAGUAUUUCGUUCUGCCUUAAUCCAACACAUGGAGAGAAGAGCAAAGUAGAAGUUUUAGAAAUAAAAAAACUCAAGCCUUAGGAACUUCCCACUUCUAUGCAAGAGUGAAUCUGAGGAAUUUUCAAAACCACUGGCAUUGGGAGUAAACCUGCAGCUCUCUCGGUAGUUGUAAAAGACAACUGCCUCCUGACCAUAUUUAUUAACAGAGCUCCUAUUAUUGAGA